AUGCCGGAAUUAGAACCUGGCCAACGCCACUCCUUUUCUGGCUUCUCCUUCUCCUUUGAAGCCGAGGAAUCAAUUGGUGAAGGCUUUUUCCAGUCAAGCUCGACUACGCCCGCUGCUCCUUGCCGCCACGGACAAUCGUCCACCCUCCCCGACACUUUCCGCGAAGGUUCCCGUCCCCACGUUGCGACUGUUGCGGCUGCUACGGCCGCUGCUGGAGGUGUCGCCAUUUCAGCCGCUGUUUCCGACGCUGCUGCCGCGUCGUCUCAAGCCAUGUCGCCGUCGCCCCCAGUAGACAGCUGCAGGGAUCGCACGCCGUCGCCUUGUCGCCUGGUGACGGAGUCGCACGACCCUGCGGUGGAGAACCACAACCAGGACAAUGCCGCCGCGGUCACCGCCGCGACUCACGGGCAUCAGCCCACGUGCGUCCCGCCUAUGCACUUCGCCCUUCGCGCAUCCACGUCGGCGCCGCAUCCGCAUGCCACGUCACAGCCGCAGGGUUCUGGCGGGAUCUCAGCCGCACCCAAAGGAGACCGUAACAGCAGCAGUCCUGAGAAACGUCGCAACUCGAUGUCGGGCCGCCCGCGGAACAUUUCGCCUCUCUGGUACCCUCACGCGACCUCCGCGGGCUCGACAGCGCCUGGCGUAGCGGGAGAGGCGGCGGCAGAUGCGGCGGUGAAGCGGCGGGCCAGCAUCACGCUGUCCCCUUCGCCCGUCGCGGUGUCUGCGCCCAUUGGCGCUUCCCCCGCGCGGUCCUCCUCCGCGCGCGCGCUGUGGCACCGACGCCACCACGCGCACGAAAGCGCGGGGGCGGAAGCGGCGGGCGACAGGAAGCCGCCAGGCAUCGACUCCGCCGAUAGCCCCGCGGAUUCCCCUUCCUCGUCUUCCCCCUCCACCUCCGCGCGUCGUUUCCUCCGCAUGCUUUCCUCGCGAGCGGGACUCCUCUCGCCGUCCGCCUCUUCCGGUCGUUCCCCCACCCGCGCGCCGUCCGCCGACGGCUCGUCCGCCGACAUCAGCAGUCGCAGCAACAGCACGCCGCGGGAGGGGUGGGGGAAACUAGAGGCGGUGGGGAGUUUCCGCCGAGGGUCGAGGGGCAGUGCUCGGGGGAGCGAGGAGGGAGGCGGAGCAUCAGGCGCAGCGGCGGGCGGUAAGGGCUCGGGUGCUGGGGCGGGCGCGGGCGGAUUACUGUCCCCGCUGCCCAAGGGAAGGUCUCGUAGCCCCCUGUCAGUGGUUCAUUAUUAUCACCACUCUCGCGACAGUCACAUUCACGGCCGCGAUGCCGACGCGCCGUCGCACUCGUACCAUAACACACUCCUUAGUCCCCGCGACGCGAGCAGCGUCACCGCCGCUGCCGCCUCCGCUGCUGCUGCGAGCAGCGGCGGCGGCGGUAGCACGGGGGCCAACGGGGGGAUCCACAGGGGCGGGAAGAUCCCCGCGCGGGGGAGCAUGGUGAGCAAAUCGUCCCCGCUCUCCCCUCCGCCUUCCGCCUCCGCGCCGUCCUUCUCGCUUGCGCGGCUCAUGGCGCGCUCCAUCUCGAACAUCGAGCGCCGCUCCACGUCACUCAACGACGCUGCUGACGCGGCGCUCGCGGCGGCGUCCGCCGCGGGGAUUGUGGUCCCCGGGCCGCCGGGGCGAUUCGGUGAGACGGCAGUAACGGGAGAGGGAGGCGCGGGGGGAGGUGGCGAGGAUGGUGGUGCGGGUGACGAGAGCAGUGGUGACGGGGACGGUGAUGACGGUGAUGGUGGGGCCGGGGGGGAAAGCGGAGGGUUGGAUGAGCGCGGGUUGGGCGCGGGGGGGUUCCGCUUCUCCAUGCGCCUGCGCAUGAAUACGGAGGACGACUGGGGGGACGAUGAGGGGGACGCGGAGGGGGAAGAGGCGGAGGAGGAGGAUGAGGAGGGGGAGGGGGAGGGGGGAAGGAGAGGCGGUGAUGGUGCUGGGCGGGGAAGGUUGGACGGUAGCGCGGCGUAUGAGGAUGAUGAUGAGCUGGACGUGCUGGGCGGAGACGACGAGUGCGCGUGGGGGGGGGGGAACGCGCGGAGGGGGCGUCCAUAG